UCAUCAUAUAUUAGUUCUGAAGAUGAAUUGAUUCGUGACAUCUUACGAAAUUUUCGUUGUCCAAUCCUUGAUGAUGGGAAUUGUCGACAUAACAAUAGACCCGAAGAUUGCAAUAAUGGUGAAGAAUCAAAUAAACGGUUACCAACAUUUGUUUGUGUAUACAAUUUAAUGAAAAAAUGCAACAAUGUUGUUUUUGGUGAUGAACCCCGUUGUAUUGAAGGAUUUCAUAUCAAAGCUUCAUAUCUAUCAAAUUUAGAUAAAUUUGAACAUGAUAAUCAACGAUCAAUCACUGGAUUUUUUUAUCGUUACUGUGUCCAGGAAUGUGCUGUCUGCAAAGAAAAAAUUUGUGAUAAACGUUUCCACAAACAAAGACGUUGGGCACUAUUGGAGAAUUGUUCCCAUUUUACCUGUUUACCUUGUAUGGGGAAGUAUCGUAAAAUAUCGCAUAAUUGCUCGAUGUGUCGUGUACACUCGGAUCGUUAUAUUUGGUCAAAUUGGCAUCAAAUUCAUGAUGAAAAUCGUAAAAAAUAUCUAUUUAAAAAGGGUGAUCGUCAAAUCAUAGAAGAUCGGCCUAUGUGUGUUCGUGGUCACGAGCCUAUUGAUGGGAUAAUGUCAUAGUUUAUCGAGUUGAAUCAAAUGGCAAUAUUGUUUAUCUUGACCCACCACCUUUUUCGUUGAUGAAUGACCGUAAAUAUUGGGGUUUAAUAGUGACCAAUCGCUGCAGCUCGUGCAUUGAAAUCAGUCUUCCAUUUGGAUUCAACUUUUUCCUGAUCGAUUAUUAUUUUUUUUUUUUUUUGUUAAUAUUUUUAAUUUUUUAUGAUUGUUUAUUUUUUCUUUUUUGAUGUUUAUCGAUGUUUGUCGCAUCCUUUGAUGCUCGAUCAUUUCGGCUUCGAUCUGUGGGAUUAUUAUGAUUUUAUUAAAACCAUAACAAUUCCCUUA